CUCAGUAGCCCCAGAGCUGGUAGUGGGUGAGCAGAACAGUGUGCAUCACGGAGCUUGUGGCCUGGACUGUGGUUGGUAGACUCAGAGGACCUAAGGUGUGGAGCCAGUGGUGGUCAGCAUAGCCCUCCGUGGUCUGUGGAGCCUGCCUGCUAUUGCUUUAUGGUAGCCCAGGGGUCCAUUGGGUGCAUCCCCUGUGCCUGAAGCUAUUUUCUGUGGAGACUUCUGGAGCUCCCUCUGUUUCCAUGUGGUUCUGUGGUGAUAUGCAUCCAAGAGACACUAGUUGCCAGGAUGUGGGGUCUCUCUCUGCCCAGCUCCCCAGCAUCCCAGCACCGGCUAGCCUGGCAAAGGAGCAGCUUGGAGAGGACGAAGGGGCAAGUUCUACAGAGAUUUGGGGUGCAGUGGCUGUGAGGGGCCUGCUGAUGGGUUGUGAGACAUCUGGGGCGCGGGAGAUGGAAAGUGUCAUCGAGAUGGGCAGGUGGGUGUGGGGUUGGCUUUUGGCCAUGUAAACUUGUGGAGCUUCCUCCCCAACAGACUUUAGGUGCCCUGCUCCUACCUGAAGGGCAUGGGGGCCCCGCGUGUUCCCAGAAGGACCGUGCUCUUCCAGCAGGAGAGGACAGGCCUGACCUACCGUGUGCCUGCGCUGCUCUGUGUACCUCCCAGGCCCACCCUGCUGGCCUUCGCGGAACAGCGACUUAGCCCUGACGACUCCCAUGCCCACCGCCUGGUCCUGCGGAGGGGCACACUGGCCAGGGGCUCAGUGCGGUGGGGCACCCUGAGUGUGCUGGAGACUGCGGUGCUGGAGGAGCACAGGUCUAUGAACCCUUGCCCGGUGCUGGACGAACACUCUGGUACCAUCUUCCUCUUCUUCAUCGCCGUGCUGGGCCACACGCCGGAGGCCGUGCAGAUCGCCACGGGCAAGAACGCUGCUCGGCUCUGUUGUGUGACCAGCUGUGACGCGGGCCUCACCUGGGGCAGUGUGCGAGACCUGACCGAGGAGGCCAUUGGUGCAGCACUGCAGGACUGGGCCACCUUUGCUGUGGGUCCAGGCCAUGGAGUUCAGCUACGCUCAGGUCGCCUACUUGUUCCUGCUUACACCUAUCAUGUGGACCGUCGGGAGUGUUUUGGCAGGAUCUGCUGGACCAGUCCCCAUUCCUUGGCUUUCUAUAGUGAUGACCAUGGAAUCUCCUGGCACUGUGGAGGCCUUGUACCCAACCUGCGCUCUGGAGAGUGCCAAUUGGCUGCCGUGGACGGAGACUUCCUCUACUGCAAUGCCCGGAGCCCUCUGGGCAAUCGUGUGCAGGCCCUGAGUGCUGACGAGGGCACCUCCUUCCUACCAGGGGAGCUGGUGCCUACACUGGCUGAAACUGCCCGUGGUUGCCAGGGUAGCAUUGUGGGCUUCCCAGCCCCACCCUCCAGCAGGCCUCAGGAUGACCGGUGGCCAAUGGUUCUUGGGAAUACCCCACAUUCUCCAUGCUUCUAUCUCAGAGUACAGGAGUCUUCAGGGCAAGUUGCUGGGGGUCCUGUUGAAGGUUGGGUUCCCAGAGGGUCAUUCUGCUCCCGGAAGUCCUGGGGUCCAGAGAAUCAUGGCCUAGAACCCGGGACAGGUGGAGAGAAGACAGCCUGGACCCCAGAAUUCCUUAUGUCUUCUGCUUCCCUGCUUCAGAGUCCCACGUGGCUGCUGUAUUCCCACCCAUCAGGGCGUAGAGCUCGGCUCCACAUGGGAAUCUACCUGAGCCGGUCCCCCUUGGACCCCCAUAGCUGGACAGAGCCCUGGGUGAUCUAUGAGGGCCCCAGUGGCUACUCUGACCUAGCGUUCCUUGGGCCUGUGCCCGGGGCAUCCCUGGCCUUUGCCUGUUUGUUUGAGAGCGGGACCAGGGCCUCCUAUGAAGAUAUCUCUUUUUGCGUGUUCUCAUUGGGUGAUGUCCUGGAGAAUGUGCCCACUGGCCUAGAGGUCCACAGUCUCAGGGACAAGCCUCAGGGGCAUUGCUGGCCCUCUUGAUGGCCCGAUCCUCUGGCAGGCACCUGGGAAGGAAGGGUAGAGUGUAUAGAGGAGGCUAGGGGCAGGUCAGCAUGACCCUGGGAUGGACAUGAGUCACUGGGGGGCAUGGCUGCUUUCUGAGUGUGAGUGAGAAAUAAAGGGAUUGUGCUGUGUCUGUUUCUUCUCACAUCAAAGCCUUGGGUCCUAGUGCUCUAGUUCACCACUCUGAUUACCACACACAUUUUCCACCUUCACCCUGCACAGUUUCCACAUCCCAGGGGUGGCUGGCAGGGGUGAAGGCAACAGGAACAGUGGACAUCAUGGCCCCUCUUUCCACUACCCGCUGUGUGCCAAGCCCAAUCAAUCUGAAGUUUGCUGAUGACUGAAGUCUGAUCACUUUCUGAACUUCCAGCAGAAGAAGCAGGUUGGGGAGCUAGCCUCCCCAGCUAGUGGGGACAGAGUUUGAUUUGAGGAAGGGAUGCUUCCUAGUGCCUGCUCCAAGUGCCCACUUCUUCGCCCUUCUCACUCUUGCUCUAUCAGAGAUGCUUCUCAGGGAAGCCAGUUUGUGUUCUCUCUCUCUCUCUCUCUCUCUCUCUCUCUCUCUCUC